UCUUUAGGCUUCCUCUCUCUAGGGCUUCCUCUCCAGCUGGACCCUUCCCUUUUCUUCCUUCCUUCCGAUUCCUUUCUCUUCCCCUUCUCCGCCCCUCGCUUCUCGCCCCACCUAUCUGCUGAAAUUCAGCCCCUCCCCCGACCCUCCUCUCCCCUUUAGCUUGCUGACUCGCCCAGCUGCCACGUUUCACUGAUGACAUCACCGAGGCCGCUCAGGUUUAACCAAUCCGCUAGGGGGAGUCAGAGCGGAGCCUUCUCUCGAGAGACAGUCGGGAGGAGAGAGGAAAGGGAGGGGAAGUAGGGUAAAGUGGGGUGGUCAACAGCUCCCUCAAUGCGCAUGCUCCGAGGGCGCCGGGCUCGUCGGGAAAGCGAGUCCCAGCGGCCUUGCCAAACCAUCUGGCUGCGGGGCCUCCCGGCGCGUGCCUGGACUAUCUUGCCCAGCAUGCAGUGCGGUGCGGCCGCCCUCUGGGCUGUGUAAAGGCCCUUCGGUCUGAGGCUUCCCUAUUUCCUGGUUCGGCGGCGGCCAUUUUGGGUGGAAGCGAGAGCCGAGCGGCGGCGGCGGCGGCAGCGGCAGCAGCGGCGGCAGCGGCAGUGGCAGCUGAUUGUGUUCACUGGGUGCGGAGGGGGGAAGACGUUUGCUCUCCCGGAACGGACUUUCUCAUUCCUUUCCUUCGGUUCCGGGCGCGGAGAAUCAAGGCGGCAGCGGCGAUAGUAGCAGCAGUACUAAGGGCGGAGGUGGCGGCGGCGGCGGCGGCAGCAGCUGCAGUGACAUGUCCAGCAUGAAUCCCGAAUAUGAUUAUUUAUUCAAGUUACUGCUGAUUGGAGAUUCCGGUGUUGGAAAAUCUUGCCUUCUUCUUAGGUUUGCAGAUGAUACAUAUACAGAAAGCUACAUCAGCACAAUCGGUGUGGAUUUUAAAAUAAGAACCAUAGAGUUAGAUGGAAAAACAAUUAAACUUCAAAUAUGGGACACAGCAGGCCAAGAGAGAUUUCGAACAAUCACUUCCAGUUAUUACAGAGGAGCCCAUGGCAUCAUAGUAGUGUAUGAUGUGACGGACCAGGAAUCCUUCAAUAAUGUAAAACAGUGGCUGCAGGAAAUAGAUCGUUAUGCCAGUGAAAACGUCAACAAGUUAUUGGUAGGGAACAAAUGUGAUCUGACCACAAAGAAAGUAGUAGACUACACAACAGCAAAGGAAUUUGCAGAUUCUCUUGGAAUUCCAUUUUUGGAAACCAGUGCAAAGAAUGCAACAAAUGUAGAACAGUCUUUCAUGACAAUGGCGGCUGAGAUUAAAAAGCGAAUGGGCCCUGGAGCAACAGCUGGGGGUGCAGAGAAAUCCAAUGUUAAAAUUCAGAGCACUCCAGUCAAGCAGUCUAGUGGAGGUUGCUGCUAAAAUCUGCCUCCCUUCUUUUCUCACAAUGAAUUUGCAAUCUGAACCCAAGUGAAAAAACAAAAAAACAAAAAAAACAAAAAAACAAAAAAAAAACAAAAUUGCCUGAAUUGUACUGUAUGUAGCUGCACUACAACAGAUUCUUACCGUCUCCACAAAGGUCAGAGAUUGUAAAUGGUCAAUACUGACUUUUUUUUUAUUCCCUUGACUCAAGACAGCUAACUUCAUUUUCAGAACUGUUUUAAACCUUUGUGUGCUGGUUUAUAAAAUAAUGUGUGUAAUCCUUGUUGCUUUCCUGAUACCAGACUGUUUCCCGUGGUUGGUUAGAAUAUAUUUUGUUUUGAUGUUUAUAUUGGCAUGUUUAGAUGUCGGGUUUAGUCUUCUGAAGAUGAAGUUCAGCCAUUUUGUAUCAAACAGCACAACAGUGUCUGUCACUUUCCAUGCAUAAAGUUUAGUGAGAUGUUAUAUGUAAGAUCUGAUUUGCUAGUUCUUUCUUGUAGAGUUAUAAGUGGAAAGAUUACACUAUCUGAUUACUAGUUUCUUCAUACUCUGCAUAUAAUUUGUGGCUGCAGAAUAUUGUAAUUUGUUGCACAAUAUGUAACAAACAACUGAAGAAAUGUUUAAUAAAUAUUGUACUUAUUGGAAGUAAUAUCAAACUGUAUGGUGAUAAGUAUUGUCUUAAUUCUUAUGGUUAAGGGGAAAUAUAGGCUUGCAUUGUGCUCAAAACAUAGCCAUUUAUGUUCAGCCAGGGCACUUUAGACCUAUUUUAGAGUAGCAACAACAAUGCUUCCCAGCUAAUAUACCUGAUAAGUGAUGCAGCAGUGCAGACAUGUAUACGUACAGAGAUUAACAGAUUUGGUUUGAAGGGAGAUUAAAGCGGUAUUUAUGGAAAUCAAGUACAUUUUGAAUGUACGAUAUUUAGUCUAUUAUCUCUGAUCUUUAAACCAUUUUUAAAUGGCUUUAUUUAGAAAUGCUUUUGUUAAUUCAUCUGUAGUAGAGAUGGAAAACUGUAUCUUUUUUCCUAACCUGUGAAUGAUCAGACUAACAAUUCAAGCUGAUGUAAUUUAGCCAGUAUGUGCUUUUUUUUAUAUACUGUUACUUCCAUAUUCUGAAUCAAAUACUGUUUCAACUUUAUUAAAUAAGUUUAGUGCACUAUCUUAAAUAAUUAUUCUGCCCUUCAUAAAGUAUAGCUGUAUAACUUGUGUUUGGGGAUAGUUAAAACAUUGAAGAAGCUGAAAGUAGGUUUUCUCUCAUUGGUUGAUAGCCCUUACCUGAAAAAUAACACCCUAACAAAUGAGUUGAAGCCAUUUGUGGCUGGUUGGGAAUGAUAAAAGGAAGUAUUUGCCUGGGUGAAUUUUUGCACCCACUUGAAAACUUUAAGUGUCAAGGAGAUCUUGGGUGGUUGGUUGGUGUGUUUUUUUUUUAAAGUGGGAACUGAAUCUUUGUUUUCCCCUAAACACUUUCAUUUAAGAUUUUUCCCUUAGUGUUUGUUUUAAAUAUAUGCUACAAUAGCCAAAACACUGUACACAAACACAUCCCUAUGGUGAAGUUUUCAAACUUAAUUCAGGGGUCAAAAUACAAUUAAAAGCAACCCUUAAAAUAUUUUUUAUUUUAUUUUCACUAAACAGGCAAUCGUAAUUACAUGGUACAAAAAUAAGUGGGUAAGAUUAUUGUAAAAUGGAUGAACAGAAUAAAUAUACAAUUGAAUUUUCCAUCUAUGAGAAUUUCACAAUAAAAUCAUAGUUUACUUUGUAUUAUA